AUUCAACCUAACAACGAACGGCAGGUAGGCAGGAAGGCUUACUUUCGACUACAGGCGACCGCUCUUAACAGUACCAACCAGUCACCAUGUCGAACCUCUUCCGGUCGCUCGCAUCCUCGAUGCGCGCGCUUUCCCUCGCCGCUCCUCGCGCGACUGCCGUCAACACCACCAAGACCGUUGUCUCGACAUACCAGACACGAUGCCUCUCUCAGGGUCUCCUCUCCCGCCACAUUUGCACGCCCAUGUGCUCCCAUAACAGACCCGUCGCCGUGUCCCAAAGCGCCAAGAACGGCCUGCAGUCGAAGCAGCAAUCGAGGGGCAUGAAGGUUCACUCCGCUAUCAAGAAGCGAUGCGAGCAUUGCAAGGUCGUGCGUCGCAAGGCCAACAAGAGGCAAAACGGCUACCUCUACAUCAUCUGCUCUGCGAAUCCCAGACACAAGCAGCGCCAGGGUUACCGGUGAACAUGACGAUGGCGAUAUCGACAGUGGAGUGACGCAUGGUGUGUACAACGAGCGCUCAACAACGGUCUUGGUCUUGUGGUUUUAUUUUCGGGUCUACAUAGAAGGAUUGGGCUGUACGAUACGUUAGGCGAAAGGACCAUCUUGAACAACGAGCGCCGACUCGCAUGCCGAUACGGAGACGUGUAUUUCAGACCUGGCAUUCAACGGGCCUUUUUUUUUGUCGCCCAGCAUAAGCGAUGGCCCGUCACGGCGAUUCAGCAAUGAGAUUGGGAUAAACCGAACCCAGCAACGGUCUGGUCGUGUGGAUGAUACCAGCGCAUACGGCCCCAGCCAAAUGACAAGGAAUGCGACCCAUGAAUAAGAGAACGGUUCUUCGGUAGGUGAAGGCCGAGGCCAGAUAUGGUCUCUUCAACAGUUACAGACCAUCAAUAUACCUCUCCAUAUUUUCC